AUGGUUCUAUUCCCCACCUGUGUUCAGUCUCCCCUGUACCCAGCACCCCCUCAAAAAGGAUGCAAAGAGGAGGAAGGGUUUGUUAAUGGCUUCCUGACAAGCGGAUUAACGGACAUGGUGACCUUCAAGGAUGUGGCCGUUGAGUUUACCCAGGAAGAGUGGGCAUUGCUGGAUCCUUCUCAGAAAACACUGUACAAAGAUGUGAUGCUGGAGAACUGCAGGAACCUGGCAUCGCUUGGGUAUCAUGUUGAUAAACUCACCCUAAUCUCUCAGUUGGAGCAAGAAGACAAGGUGAUGACAGAGGGAAGAGGAAUUCUCCCAGGCAUUUGUUCAGAUUUGGAAACUAUACUUAAAACCAAAUGGUUAACACCUAAGAAGCAUGUUUUUAGGAAAAAACGUUCUAACGGUGUAAAAGAGGAAAGAAAUCAAGUUGGAAUGAAACUUAAUGAAUGUAAUCAGUGUUUUAAAGUAUUCAGCACAAAAUCUAACCUUACUCAACACAAGAGAAUUCAUACUGGAGAAAAACCCUAUGACUGUAAUCAAUGUGGAAAAUCUUUCAGCAGUAGAUCUUAUCUUACUAUUCAUAAGAGAAUACAUAAUGGGGAGAAACCUUAUGAAUGCAAUGACUGUGGGAAAGCCUUCAAUGAUCCCUCAUCUCUCAGACUGCAUAAGCCCGACGCACGAAGAUUCGUGCAAGAAUGGGCCUUCUUUCCCCUGACUGCCAGCACCUUCUUUGCACUGGCCGGAGCCACCUUCCCAUGCUUCCCAGAGGCCUGGAGCAUCUGA